UCUAUACUCCAACCACUACAGUAGCUAGGACUCGCUACCAUUCGUCGUCGGCAUCGCCGGGUAGAGGAAGAAGAGAAGAAGCUGAGCAGCAGCAACAUCCAUCAUAGGAAGCUGCAGCACAGAGCCAACAAGGAAAAGCGAAGUCCUGGAGAUCUAUACACCAACCACUACAAUAGCUAGCACUCGCUACCAUUGCAUCUCCGGGUAGAGGUAGGAGAGAAGAAGAAGAGCAGCAGCAACAUCGAUCAUAGGAAGCUGCAGCACAGAGCCAACGAGGAAAAGCGAAGUCUUCCGUAGCAAACUUAUGGGUACCUUGGUAGUAGCACCAGCAGUAGCGCUUGAGAAAUCAUCCGUUGUCCUAGUCUGGAAGAAAUCAUUUCAAGCCUGGGCCUCCGCCUCGCCAGGGGUACCGUGACAUAUAAUUGCAAAUGGAAUGCCGAUCUAUUAUCACACCAAGGGACCUGGAGUCCAUGCUAUGUGAUGAGACGGCAGAGCCCAAGCCGCUGCCACUGUCACUUCUCAAAGAAAUUACAAAUGAUUUCUCUCCUGACCAGAAAAUUGGCUCCGGUGGAUUUGCGGUGGUUUAUAAGGGAAUUCUUGAGAAUAGGCCCGUGGCUGUGAAAAGGAUGUUAAAUACGUAUGAGUAUGAGAAGGAGUACGUCCGAGAAGUUGAAUGCCUCAUGAUGGUGAAGCACAAAAAUGUCGUACGGUUUCUGGGAUAUUGUGCUGACACACAAGGCAGUAUGUUAAAGUAUGAAGGAAAAUUGGUCUUGGCCGAUGUACGACAAAGGUUGCUUUGUUUCGAGUUUGUUCCUAACGGGAGUCUUCGUAAGUAUAUCACGGGUACAUCUUGCGGACUUCACUGGACAGACCGGUAUCAAAUUGUAAUAGGAAUUUGUCAGGGGUUACAUUAUCUUCAUCAAAAUAAUAUUGUCCACUCAGAUCUAAAGCCAGAUAAUAUAUUGUUGGAUGAUAAUUUGGUACCAAAAAUUACUGAUUUUGGUCUAUCAAGGUGCUUUCGUCCAAUGCAGAGCCAAACUUUUACUGUAAACAUAUGCGGCACACCGGGUUAUUUUGCACCAGAAUGUUGGAACGGUGAAAUCACACACCGGCUUGAUAUCUAUUGUCUUGGUAUAAUAAUCACGGAGGUACUGACAGGACAGAGGUUGUCUCUAAAUGAUAAUGUUGACAAGGUAGUUGAAAGUUGGAGUGCCAUAUUGGAGAAACCGCAGCAGGAUGUACAACUGGAACAGGUACGAGUAUGUGUUGAGAUUGCAAUGAAGUGCAUGGAGAUCAACCCGGCAAGGAGACCAGAUACACAACAUAUUAUCAGUGCCCUUGAUGGAAGAGAAACUAUAAAUCGAUAUAUUGAAAAUAGCAUGAUUACUUCACAGCAGCUUCAAAUAUUGCAGUAUUUUUCCCAAGAGAUCCAAGUUAAGAAGGGAUGUGUUAGUUCGCUUGUGGGUAGCACAAGGGUUUAUAAAGACCAGUUGUGCAACGGAGGACAUGGAAGAUAUAGCUACAAGAUUAGUGGAACGGACUGCUUCAGAAUCGAGAAUGCAAGGAGUCAGAGAGGAGAAGGAUGGAAAGGAGAUGUUCCCCAAGACGUCUGCCAUCUUCUUGUAGAGCGUUAUGAUGGAGAAUUGAUUACCAAAAAGAUCCUUGGAUUGGAAAAUUUACACACCCUCAUAAUAUAUGUUGUUGAAAGGGAUACAUCAGUUGAGGCAAAAGUCAUGGAGACCGGGAACAUCUUCCAAACUAUGAUGGAGAAGUUCCUGGUACCAGAAUCCAUGAGACAGUUAAAGGACCUAUGCUAUCUUGCUUUCAGGACAUUCGAAUGCACCGUAAUUUUACCAAGCACACUAACGAAUAAACUUCACCAGAUGCAGCUGCUAGACUUUGGUAAUCAUAGCAAUGGCCAAAUUUGGGAAUUUACCCUUGAUAACCUUAUGAACCUGCGAUACAUAAUUUGUGAGAACUUAGACUGUCCUAACAUAGGCAGGCUGAUCUCACUCCAAGCGUUACCAAGCAGCAGGUUCACUGUGAGGAAUGAACAUGGUUAUGAGAUAAAGCAGCUUAAGGACCUAAACAAGCUUCGUGGCAGCCUGACAAUCUAUGGCCUUGAAAAUGUUAAAAGCAAGGAGGAAGCUGUUGUAGCCAAUAUAGGUGCCAAGGAUCGGUUGAAGGAACUGAAGUUGGAAUGGGGUGAUGAUGGUACAAGGUGCAGUUCAGAAGUUGAAGCAGAGGUGCUUGAGGGCCUGCGCCCUCCCGUAGGUCUUGAAGAACUGAUUAUCUCAGGCUAUAAAAGCUCGAGAAACCCAGAUUGGAUGGUGGGUAAACAGAAUGGUGGCCCAGAGAACCUGCAAAAACUUGUGUUGUUUGGAUGGAGCCAACCGGGAUCUUGUCCUGAACUUGAGGCGUUCGUUCAUCUUCGUGUGCUCUGGCUUGGUCACUGCAGGUGGGACACAUUGCCAGCCAGUAUUGAGCACCUCACAUCGCUCAAGGAACUGGAAAUCGAAGGGUGCUUGAAUAUCCGGUCGCUUCCAACACUGCCCCGAUCUCUUGAGAAGUUUUCUGUUGCAUACUGCAGUGGUGAGUUCACGAAGUCAUGUCAAACAGUCAGACAUCCAAAUUGGCAGAAGAUCAAGCACAUCCCCGACCAAAGAUUUGAAGACCCAGCAUCCUUAGAAGAAAAUUCUAGUGAGAUUGUCCCGCAAAAGAAGAGAAGAAAGAAGAGAAGGUUGGCUAGGAAUCACAAGUCGGUGAAUCAGUGAAGGAAUGUGGAGCGAUCAGGAAAAACUAUUGCCAGGCCAGCCAGGCGGCUGUGUGAGAUUUGUUCUUACUUUCCUUGUGCUUGUUUGAUUGUGCACUGUGAUUUUCAGAGUGAAUCAGACAUAUAUGGCUGUACUACUGUUUAUUAUGAUUAUUUGUGAGCGUGAGAGAAUUAUGUAUACUAUUCAGUACUAUUUCUGAUCUGUAAUAAUGUGGGCAGUACCGUUUAAUUUGAUUGGUGAAUGCUAUUUAAUCAGUGCACUGUGUAAUGCAUGCCAAGGAGUUG